AGAGGCCUUGUGAUCCUAAUAGAUAUUGUAAAUUAAUACUAUAUAUAUAUGUAUAUGUAUGUAUAUAAGAGACUAGCUAGGAUAUUAAAUCUCCAUUGCUGGCAUCGAUCUCUUUUACAAAGCUAGAAUGAGAUUGGUUAAGACUCUGGGUUUUGUUUGGACCCCAGAUGCAACCAACACUUUGCUUUCUGUGUGUGAGAGAGAGGGAUAAAUCUUAAAGCAAAAGAUGUUUUUGAGUUUGAAGUUGUGGUAGUAAGAGAUUCAUGUUUUGCUUUCAGGGAGUGUUCCUCUCCAAGUAACUUGCUCCAGACAUAGAUUGUAUGAGGUUCUGGACCAGCACUUGAAUCUCAAAAGGGAAUCAUUACCUCAACACUCACAAGAUCAGAUAUGUUACCAAACUGAAAGUGCAAUUGUCCAAGGUAUCCAUGUAUGAACACAAGUUGUUGGAGAGGUGAAAUUCAGUCUUAAUAUUAAGGCUCAAUGGAGGAGAUGUUCAAGCCGUACAAUAAAGAGUACAUGAGAAUGGCAAUCUUAAAACAUGAAGAGACUUUCAAAGAACAGGUUUAUGAACUUCAUCGACUAUAUCGAAUCCAGAAGUUGAUGAUGAAGAACAUUGCAAGGAACAGGCCUGCUAAUGGAAGAAGUCAACAAUUGUGGAAAUCGAAGUCACAAAUCAAGCUUGACUUGGAACAACCUGGUGAAGAAAAUUAUGGUGAUUUAGAGAUCAUAGAUGAGACUGAGAUUGAGUUAACACUUGGUCCUUCGACAUAUAAUCAAAGAAAGAAACCCGAUACGCCACUAACUUCGGAUUCUGGACCAAGCUUCUCGUCUUCUUCAACAGGGUCUAGUCGAAUACUGCAGGGGAUCAGUAAAAGCAGUGUUGAUGUUGAAGAGCAAUUGAGACAACAGGUUCCUCCUUGGCUUUUCCAGGUUUUGAGUCUCAAUAUGACUUGAAAAAUGAAGUGCUUGAGUCGAUAUGAGAAGUUUUUUUGAAGUGGUUCCGAUCGACUUAUUCUGUCAUUUGUAUGUUUCUGUGCAUUUUCUGUCCACUUUUUGAUGUUAGUAUAAUAGUGAGUGAUGAAAUCUUGUGGGAAUUUGUUCAUGGUCUGCAAGAACCCAUUACUAUGUGGUUUUUUUUGGUUCAAUUCUGCAGUUCUGAUAUCUGCUGCUGUCAUUUGAUAUAUCCUGUCCGGACAGUCCUCUGUGCCGUCCGGACAGGUGUACUUCACUUGAAAGGUGGAGUUGGAGAUCACUUGGAGUUGUAGUCAGAGUGUUGCCUAUCCGGACAAUCGUUUUUUUUUCCCUCUCUUUUUUAGAUGUAACCUCUUAAGAAUCAAACUCAAUCAGUCAACCCUUUGAGCUUU